CCGGUGAUCAAGGCACAAAUCGAUCGGCCUUCGCGAAGUUAACGUCUUCAGUUUCUUCUUCCGUCCGGGGGAUUACGCACUCAAUUUGUUAAGAUGGCUCAUCGACUUCUUGUUGGAUCCUGUAUGGUUAUCCUCUUAGCUGGCGCUUGUAUUGCUGGAGGUGGUGGUGGUGGAGGGGGACACAAACAUGUGGUCAUCCACGUACCGUUUAAAGUGAAAACCAUCCACCAUACACACACCGUAACAAAACAUGUUGGUGGAGGCGGAGGCGGCGGCUACAAGGUUAUUGGUUACAGCGGAGACAUCGAUGAAGGUCACGUAAUCCACUCCAGCGUUGGAGGUCAUGGUGGUGGAUUCGGGGGAGGACACGGUGGAGGCGAAGAAGAAGAUAUCACCGGAGGAGCUGGAAUCGGUGGAGGUCACGGUCCAGCUCUCCAUGGAGGCAGUGAUUGGUCCGGAGGAUUAGACGGAGGAUACGGCUCCCACGCUGCUGAUAUCGGUGGUGAUUCCGGAUACGAAGGAGGCGGCGAUUUGGGAGGAUAUGGGGGUGGAGAUGCCGGAUAUGGCGGUGGUUAUGACGUAAAUGAAGCGGGUGGUGAUAUCGGUGGCGGCGAUGGCCACGAGGGUUAUUAAAAAAAUAGUAUUGAUUUUUAAGUUAGAUUCAUUAGUUUUGGAUGAUGCAAAAGUUGUUUUGUUGUUAACUUCUUCGUUACAAACCGUGUCCUAGUCCUCUUUUUUAUUUUUUUUGUUAUUGUUGUUGUUCUUUAGCUUAGGUUGUUUUUGAUGUUUCUGUGUAUAUAAGUUUCUUGUUGUGUUACAUGUUGUAAUAAAAAUUUUAUUUAUGAAUUGU